UUUUCAAUGGCGUCUCCAGAACAGCCAACGAUACAAAUGUUGCUAUUGUAUCGUUAAUUCAAUAAUUGCAAUGAUUUUUAUUUUAGGCUGCACUUUUUUUUCCACUUAAAUUAUAAGGAAGAUUAAUCAGCAUUAAAAUUGCAUUGGAUUGGAUAUUUUCAUAGCAAGUAUUCCAAAGUGUUAACAUGAGCUUUCCCCUUUGAUUAUGUUGAGAGCUACAAAGACAAUGGUAUGCAGUAGCUAAUCCUCCCUGCAAUGGAAGAGGGGAGGCCAAAUCCAGUACUUCAUGAAGUUUCAGGAAAGGGUGCACUGAGUCGAUUUCCAGCAAGUCAGCAUCACAAUGUCACAGAGUCAGGAAAACAAGAGGAAUCUGACGAUUCCUUGCCGCUGCACAAGGAUGCACACCUGAAGGUAAAUGUCAGUACACCUUCUUCUGGAACUGUUAAUAAUGGGAUACCUCAUGCAUUAUCAAUUUCCAGUAAACAAAUGGUUGCUUUAAAACCAGAUCAAUCUCAGAACUCUGAGGAUUCUGAUUCCAUCAAAUAUCCUUCUGGUUUUGCUACAUCACCAAAAGAUGUCAACCAGGAGUUGGAUAGAGUGGAUUCUAAAUUUGUUGGAAGUCCCUACGCUUCUGAGAAAUCUGAUAGCACCAAUCAACAGAUGAAAGAUCAGACUUCCAGAGCAUUUCAAAGUUUUAUUAGCCAGACCUCAUCACAUCCAAACAACAAUAACAAUGAUAAAACAUUGUCCAGUUGUUCUCACUUGACCAAUUUAUUGCCCUCAUAUUGCAGCACAAGUGAGUCAGAUUAUGCUGCAAAGGCAUCCAGAGGAUCAACACCUAAUGCACAGCUUUCCUGCGUUGCUCCUUUAGACAGUAAUGAAGAGUCUGGCAUGCUGGGAACUCAAGGCAGAGAAGCUGUGAAAUUACAAGUUGGCUCUAUGCCCUUGCUUCAACAUUUGAAUCCUGGAGCUGAUUUACGAAAAAAAGCUGAAACACAAGGGCAGGAUAUUCAUAAAGGGAGUAUCCCAGCAGGGCUGAAAUAUUUUUCAGAGCACCCAAAAACUGUGAUGGAAAAUGAUAAGAAAGAAAGUUAUUUACUAUUAGAAGAAAAAGGAAACAAGGAAAGCCAACAAGGCUUUCUGAACAGUCUGUCACCUAGUGAUAACAUUUCUAGUUUUCGAUCAGUUACUUUUAAUCAGAAUUCUGACAGUCAGCGAAAAACUGAACAAUGCUUGCCAUUAUCUGUGGACACUAGUGUGGGCUCCAGUCAUUUGUUGCUAAAUGAUCUACCUUCAGUUUCAAAUAGUCACCCUCCUUCUAAGCCCAGAAAGUCCAGAUCAAAAGAAUCUAAGAGAAAAUUAGCAGCAGAGCGUCGUUUGGCUGAAUUGAAUGAUGAGGAUGAUGACAAUAAUGAUUUUAUACCAGUAGGUAUGCUUCAGUUAUCUAAAAAACCAGAUACUUCUCAUUUAGCAAGUCUGGUUGAUGAUUCAUUCAGCCAGGGUCUACAGCCACAUUCACAAUUUACUGGACAACUAGCUCAGCAGAUUGAUUAUCAGAUACAAGAAUUGAAAGCCCACAAUUUUCAGUCUGAAAUGAAUACAAAUGUGUCAAGGUCAGGGACUCAGCAGGCUGGCUAUCAUCUUCAGCAACUAGCUCAAAAGCUUGAUCCUAAAUUGGACUCAUCACAGCAAAUGUUACUGCAUUUGGUUCAACAGGCUCAGCAGCAAAAACAUUUGCUAGAUAAACAGAAACAAAAUCGUCAAAUGCAAGAGCAGCUUUCAUCACUGACCUUUAGCGCUCAAAGCCAGAACAAGAAUCAAAAUGUGCAUGGAGGUCAUCCUCAUCAUCAGCAAUCAAAUGUCAACUCUGUAUUUCAGGAUGUAGCUGGACAAUUUCCAUUUGAGACCCAAGUGGCUAAAGCUACUGGCUUGCCAUCGAUAUCCUCUAGGGGAAAUGGCUCAACACCAGAUGCUCAGUAUUCUUUUCAGCCUACAGAUGAACAGCAGCGACAAACACUUGGAUCUUAUACUGAUAUUGCAGUUAGUGGUGAUAAAUUGCAGCUUCUGAAUGCAUCAAACACUCCUGCAAAAUUGGCUGAGCAGCUGUUACAAAGCUCAAAGUCAGAACAGGAUUUUAACCUUAAUCAUAAUAACUCAAUUCAUUCGGACAAAUCUUCAUUCAGAUCAAUUACCCCUGUAAUUCUUCCAAACCCUAAUGGUCCACUUAACCAACAACAUCCUGAAAUAACCAAAAUGUUAAGUUCCCCUGUCAGCCCUAGGCAAUCGAUUAGUCCAAGGCAGACUGUCAGUCCACGACGUACUGUCAGCCCUAAUCCGUUUUCUGAUAACUUGAGCCACUUUGCAAGUCCACAACCUCGACAAGCUAUCAGCAUGCGCCAAUCACCAAAGCAGACUGGUAGCGUGUCUUCUGCGACACAUCAGUCUGUUUUUGGCACUUCUUCAAGCCCCCAGCAUAAGCAGCCAAGUGUAACUUGGAGACCUGUGAGUCCAUUUCAGCCGUCUCCUGCAAGCCCAUCAAACACUCUCUCUAGUGUACAUCAACUGCAAGCUCAAACUUUAGUAAACUAUCACUCCAACGAAGGUAAACCUGUGCAACACCCUGAUCUUAUUGGACAGCCUGUUACCAUCAAUCUUGGAGAAUUACCUUCAAAUCAGGAAUCACUACAGCAUAAGCCUUUCAGUCAAAUGCAGCCUGUAUCAUCAAACUCCUUGUCCGGGCAUGAUGAUGAUCUGAUGGCUUCCCCAUCAUCCAUUCCUGCACAUCAGCUACCACAAGUCUUCAGCCCUGGUCAAGUUAUUCACCACCGCCCUCCAGACCGUAAAAAAAAGAAUACUAGACCAUCUGGUCAUCGAGGACCACCUCUGGUGGUGCAUACAACCCCAAUGGCUAACAUGUCUUCCAAUGUACCAGUGCCUUCUGUACAUAAUGCCAGUGCCAUUUGGCAGCAAAUGCAAUCCAAAGACAAUAAAAACAGGUUAUCAAAUGAAGUAUUUCCUCGCCAGCAUGAUCAGCCUGUGUCCACUGUGUCACAGUCUGCUGAUUUUGAAUCUCAUUCUUCACAGCACAUUCAGAGUCGACAGCAAAAUAUGCAAAAAAUUAACCAAUCCUCUGAAGAAAGUCAUUCAAUGCUUCAGCAAAUCAAUGUUACAGAAAUAUAUCAUGUACAGACUCAGCAAAUCACCACUAAAUCAGUAAAUAACAUUUGUUCAUUAGAAAAGCAAAAUUCUCCAGCCUCAUCCCCAGCAAUGGAAACUAAGUUGACUGAGGAGGAGUCUGUAAACAAAAUGGAGCCCUGCACCCUACAGACUGAUGAUGGUGUGAAUAGUGGUGGUAAGAUGACCAUCACUGACACUUCUGUUGAACAGAAUACUAGAUCAGAUUGUCUUGAUAAGCUCUCUGAUGAAAGUACCUCUUUGAGUGUCAAGUCAGGAAUUGAUAAUGGCCUCAAAGUUUUAUCAGAGAUUGCCAGUGAGCGCUAUGUCAUGGAUGUAGCAGAAGAUAGUGAACAGCCAACUUCUGACAGAAUUGCAAAAGAAAAAAGUGCUGUAACUUCUAGUACAAUGGAGGUCGAUUGUCAUUUGCAGGACAUAAAGGUAACAGGAGCUAAUUCGGUAAAUAAAACAGCACCCACAGAAUUGUCAACAGAUUCUCAUGUGCCAAAACGAGAGGUGAGGCAAAGAAAACCUAAAAAACCAUUUGAGCAAGAAGAAACCCCAGUUAGACGGAAUCAGAAAACUGUCAUUUCUAAUCAGAAAAGUACCCCAGCACCUGCUAGUCAUAAGAAACAGCCAGUUUUAUCGUUAACACCUUUGUCACAAAAGAAGCCUGUUUUGAAUAAUAAAUCCCAUCCUAAAGUCAUUGGCGACAUGCUUCAGACUGAGGAAGAGAAAGCCACAAAACCUAAAGAAGUUGCUUCAGCACCAUCGCAGCUUCACAAGUCUGUUGCAGGAAAGAAACAUACAGACAGUAGCAAAGGUUAUGAUGAAGAUUCUGAAAGUGACUCAAAGUCUGAUCAUACCAGAAGACUGUCACAGAGGCUGUUGGUUAAAGAAAAGGAAAAAGAGCAGAAAAAAAAUGAAGGCACUGAUGACAGUACUAGAAGGUCACAAAGGCAUUCCGCAAGAAUAGACUAUAAAGAAGCAACAGAUUCUGUUGAUGAUACCUUGACACAGAAGAAUGCCAAAACAGUGAAAACAUUGAACACAUCUCAUCAAGAGGACAUUGUAGGAGAUAAACAAGACAGGAUGAAAACAAGAAGUAAGAAUCGUAAAGAAGAUUCCGAAGAUAAGCCAGCCAAUAAGAAAGUCAAAGGGGAUGAUUCAGAAGAUAAGCCAGCCAAUAAGAAAGUCAAAGGGGAUGAUUCAGAAGAUAAGCCAGCCAAUAAGAAAGUCAAAGGGGAUAAUUCAGAGGAGAAGCCAGCCAAUAAGAACCGUAAAGAAGGUGACACCGAGGAAAAGCCAGCCAUUAAAAAUGGCAAAGAAAGUACAGAAGAGAAGCCAGCCCAUAAGAAUCAUAAAGAUGAUACUGAAGAAAAGCUAGCCCACAAGAAUAGUAAAGAUGAUGAUUCUCAUGAGAAGUCAGCUAAUAAAAAGCUUAAAGAUGACAAAUCUGAGGUCGGUGUAUCUGUUAAAAAACAAAAUGAUGAUGCAAACCAUACUCCAGUACUGAGAAAUCGUAAAAAGGACAAACAAGGUCACAUGUCUUCUGUUGAAGAGAACAAAGAUGAUCCCAUUUCCAAAGCACAAUCAGCGGAAAUGAAAAAUGUUAAAAAAGCUAAGCUCGAAAAGAACAAAACAAUUAAAAGACUGCAGAUUAAAACAGUACCACUCACAUUGAUAGAAUCUUCCCCUGCGACAGAAGCCUCCUCUGUGAAAGAAGUUUCCUCUGUAACAAGGAGAACUACAAGGCUCUUCAUGACAGAAGGAGAGAACUCAUCAAAUACAGACAGUGCUUGUAAGCCACAGAGGCUUGCACCAUCUGAGUUUAUUGAUGAAUUGCCAAUAACUAGAAAAAGAUCAAGAAAGUCUGGUGUCCGAGAGAGCCAGUUGAAGUUAGAUCUUGCAACAGAGCCAAUCAGUCAGACAGAGACAAACAAAGACAAUGAAAAUGAACUCAAAUCCAAAUCUCUUGUUGCUAACGGAAAAGCUCCCAUACCUGUUGCCAGGAAUAAAUCUAGGAAAAGGCAUCAUGAUUACAGGAAAAGAUCUCGCAAGCGUAGGGCAUUAAAAGCAAUAGUUGUAAAAAGAGCAGUGUCUAGGGAAACUCCAGAAAGUAAGACUUGUGAAGUGGAGACCUCUGUGUCAGCAAGUAACACUGAUGGAGGUGAUAAAGGAACUUUUCCGGCUGAUCCGGUCGACUGUAAAGAUGAGGGUGAGGCAAAGAAACCCAAAAUUGAACAAGAAAAAGAACAAGAAAAAUUGGAAUGUCCUAUUACCAUGGCACCAAGCUCUAAGGAAGAGAGUGAGGAUGUUCCCUUCACUGAGUUAGAACCAAAAGACAGCAGUAAAAAUGUUACAAUGAAGUCCGAGUUUCAACAACCAUUGUGCAAGGCCCUGCCCACAUUAGCUACUUCCUCUACUCCUAAUCCCUCGACUUCAGUGACUUCCUCUGCUAGCUCCAACACCUCACUAACAGAGAUUGCUGUGUCUCCGCAGACUUCUGGAAAAGUAGAGGAGCUCGCUCAAACAAGUGCUGUCAGGGAGAGAAGAAAGAUGACAAUGUAUCGACUAGUACCAGUGGUGGGAGAAGAAAUAUCUGAUUUAGAAGGUAUUUCAGAUGCUUUGAUUCCUUUGAGUGGCUACUUUGUUCCUGGUGGCAACAAUGACAGAGUAUUAUUACCACAAAAUUUCAUCUCAGGCUUUGCUCCUUCUAAGGCUUCAUCUGUUGACACUUCUUUAACAUUUGGUCAAACUUCAUCCUCUCCUCAAGCAAGACCAGCUUCUCAUCAACCUUCAUGGCCAUCUGAAGUCAACUAUUCAAAGUCAUCAUCUGUAAAUCAUGGCAUGACCAAUAGCCUGCAAUCCAUGUCAGUAUUUUCCCCACUAAAAACAUCGCACAAGAUAAAUGACAAUGUUGUUGGUUCGUGGACUUCAGAGCCGCACCCGCCAAUGAGUUCAUGGCCGAAUCAAUUGCCCCAAUCCAUUAAUACACCCCCACCAUCUGUGGGGGAACCUAAAAAACCUUGGACCACACCUCAGCCACAACCAUCCCCCUCUGCCUAUGGGCCGUCUCCAUCCUGGAAUGCGACUCCCCCUUCAAUCAUGUCCUCCUCACCCCUCUCCACAUCCUCCUCAGCUUGGACUGUGUCCUCUUCCUCCAAUGUUCCAUCCCAACCACCCCAUGUGGCGCAGGCAUGGUCCUCAACACUUCAGGAACCAUCUUGGAGAUCCUCUCCAUCAGCAUCAGCAGCUGUUACAGAAAGUUGGAGCAAAGAAUAUUUUCCUAAUUCUAAUGUCAUAAUGCCAGAACACAGUAGACAGACAGAAAAUAUGGAUGUAGAAAUGAGUGCAAGCAAUAACACACAAAUGAGUCGUCCAAUGCAUCAGAAUUAUAAUUUUGACUCACAGCACCAAUCUUCUGGUAUGUACUCCAACCUGGACCAACCAAUGAGCUCCAAUCUGUCCUAUGAGACUGGAUUACCUCAAGAUGCAGACUUUAGUAGACCAGAAAAUCUUAUUCAAGGCCUUUUGCGGCAUGUCUCUUCUAAUUCUGGUGGCUUGAACCAAGAUUUGGCAGCUUUCAACUUGGGGCAGCAAGAUUUGGCAUUUUUAGAGAACCGGCUGAGACAAACUUUGUCCCCCAAUUCCUUAUUCUCAGCCGUUGCUGCCCUUGAAGACAACAUUGUGCCCGGCCCUGGGGGCAAUCAGGACAACUCGCUCCAGGAUGGAAUGAAUCUGGUGCACACUGUCAACUUGGACAUAGAGGAGGCCAACCUGAAUAGCUCUGCUCAGUUAGAUUUGGCUGGGCUUGGUGGCCAGCCGUCUGGUCACAUGAAUAUGGCCAGGCACCUUGAUAGCCUCCACAAGGCUCCUCCAGACAGCAGCAACCAUAUUAUGACUGACAUGGAGACAGCAGGCAUGCACCCAUCUGUUGGUCCCCUUGAGGAUUCUGCCUUUUUUGACAGGUCACUAGCUAAGGACGACAGCUUUGAUGACCAUGCUAAAAAGGAGGACAAGAAAGUCAUGAAGGAAAGAAAACACUUGUACGAUAUUGUGUUCAUAGAGGGUGCCAGGAAGUUUAAAUGCAAGGCCUGUUCCAAAGUUUUUAAUAACACGACCAUCUAUCGUCACCUGAGAGUCCAUGAUCCUGAUUAUAAAAUCACUGUGUCUUGUAACAUGUGUGAUAAGACGUACACUCACAAGCACAGUCUAGACAUGCAUAAGAAGAGGUUUCAUGGUGGAGGAAGCACUAACAUUAAAGUUGCAGGUUCAAGUGUUGCUGGGGAGGUAGUGAAAGAACAAGAAAAGUUAUCUCCUUCCAAGACCAAUAGUGAAGUCAAGCGCCAGAGAAAAAGCUCAUCCAGUGCUGAUCCAUUGGCUAGCAGUCCUGAUGAGACUGAGCUACAGAAACAGUUGGAAACUCACAGACAAGUUGAAGAGCUGAGAAGGUUGAAAGCUGAGAAAAAAGCUCACCAAAAGGUAGCUGGUCAGGUGGAUGAAAUCCCUAGUGAGCUCGACUCUGACCUGAAAGGCGAGGAGCCAGCUCUUUCAGCAUCAGAACCUCAUGCUACAGCUGAAAGAGCUUAUCCUCCAGACCUGUCUGGUGAUCAGUUCAACUUUGAAUUAGAGAAAGAGCCAGAAUCUCAAAAGACUGAUUUUGGUGGUUCAUCUGAAAGUAUUUCAACUAGCAUGCCAGUAGUAACAACUUUAAGUCAUCCCUUGAGCCAGGUGCAUUCAGCGCCUAAAGGACAUUAUCAACUGAAUUCCCCACAGCCUCUGAUGUCCACUUUGGCUCCAGUCCAUCAGAGCUCCCUGCAACCUCCACCUUCUGACGGUGAUGCCCAAUAUAUGAACCAAGGCUCGUUACUAGAGUCAAAUGUUAACCCGAAACCUGAAAAUGAGAAGUUUAUCUGCAAGAUAUGCAACAUGCAGCUUCUCAGCAAAAACAGCUACUUGUUUCACCUUCGUCGGCAUGAUAAAACCAAGACAAAGUUCUGUUCAUAUUGUGACAAAAGCUUUUACACUUGCCAAGAGCUUAAAUCUCAUGAGCGCACUCACACGGGUGAGAAGCCUUACCAGUGUGAAAUCUGUUACACUUGCUUUGCACACUCUGGCUCAUUUGUCUCUCACAAGAAAGGUCACACCAACAGGAAGGAGAUGGAGCCUUUCCCUAUUGUAGAUGGACAGAUUCAGUACCCUUCCACGUUUAGGAAACCACGUUUAGCUGGUCCUAAAGUGGAAGGUGCAGAAAAGACCAAAAAGAAGAAAAAUCCUGGAGACUCACAGCAGACAGGCACUAACAUUAACACUUUAAGUGAUGUUAGCCCCGUGCCUGGAGGCUCGGCCAACUGCCCAACUAGUGUCAUAAGAAAAAAUAGCCUGGACUCAGGAGAAAGACAACUGCAGGCUGGUGCUAAGAUGGAUUCAAGGAGGCUCAACAUGAACGAUCAGUUGAUGAACUCCUCAGCCAGCCACUUGUAUGUUUCAAGCCUGCCUGAGCAACAGAUGGUCAUGUCACCAUCCUCCAGCAUUCAGCCCAGUGAUACUUAUUCCACUCCUGGAUCCAAUGUGUCAGGCGAUUAUUUUAACAGCUAUAAGAGCAACUCUCAACCAAGACAUUUCCUUUCUCCUCAGCUUGAGGCUUCCCCUCAAGAUUAUUACUCUCAAGGAAAAUAUUACCCCCGAACAUCUAGUGCAGAUCAGUACACGGCUGAAAAUCAAGAGCAGAUUGGGGCUGGAAAGAGUCAACAGUAUUCCAGUAAUCUGCCGCAAGAAUAUUCUCAAAGUGUUGCAACAUCGGGCAGCUAUUUCUCUUCUCAAGAAUCCUAUUCUUAUGAUUCUAAUAUGGAUACAAGUUAUCAGGAAGAGGACUUUGAUAGUGGCUUACCUUCUUAUAAGCCUGACGUUUCAUCUUCAGAAAUUGUUAAGAAGCUCCUCCAGCAUUAUAAUGUUCCUGCGUCCAGCUACCAGGAGGCUACGUCCUCAGACUUUGGUCACCAGCUUGAAGACUAUACAAGGCAAGGUUGUGAGACUGCACCACCAAUGUACAGUGACCACAGUGUUGGGGUCGCUGCUCCCCCCUCGUACAGUGCAAGUGUUCAGCAGAAACAGUACUACAGCAGCCACGCAAGUAGCAGUUUAGACUACACGUCUUCUGUACUGAUGAGUUCUGAGAGGUCUGUCCAGCAGGAGUCAAGCAUGCUUUUACCACAGCAGCAGCCAGAACAAUAUUCUAACAUUCACUCCCAGCCUCGUGUGCAGACAGAGUCGUACAGGUCAGAUGGCACCACAAGGUACUCUGAAGUAUACAGUGAGGGGCAAUACAGUCAACCUUCUAGUCAGCCAGCAUACAGCCAACAAGGGUAUGAAGUAAGCUUGGCACCCAGAGAUCAGUACAGGCAAGGACUGCCUAAAAUUGAAAGCUUGGCAAGAGAGUCCACACCAAAAUCACAAUCUUAGUUAUUGACCUCAGUUCUUAGUGUCUAUAUUUUCAGAAAAGAAAUUGUUAAAAUAUUUCCUCUCUAUCUUAAGUAUUAUUAGUUUGUAUAAACAAAAAGAUUUCUUUCUAGGACAUAUCACUAUUUGGUAAAGACUAUUCUGAUUUGUUGCUGAUUUGGUGAAGACUAUUCUGAUUUGUUGCUGAUUUGGUGAAGACUAUUCUGAUUUGUUGCUGAUUUGGUGAAGACUAUUCUGAUUUGUUGCUGAUUUGGUGAAGACUAUUCUGAUUUGUUGCUGAUUUGGUGAAGACUAUUCUGAUUUGUUGCUGAUGGAUAAGCUGAUUAUAGAAAUAACGAUUGUUUAGUUUUAUUUUCUGAUGUGCUUGUGCAAAAGUGGUCAGUAGUUUAGAACACUAAGAAGACAAAAAGUCCAGUCUCCUAAAGAUGCAGUUUUGGUGUAGCAUUUAUUGUUAAAUAAGUUACAAUUAACAAACACAAUUUAGGCUCCAACGGCACUUGUCCAUUUUCUGUCUUAGAAAUCAACUAGGGUACAAGUUUUGGUCAUUUCAUUGAUAUUAUUUAAAACUUGAGUUAUAAAUAGAAAAUACAGAAGUAGAUAGGAAUGUUAGUUUUCUGUAAGCCUAAUGUUUUUGGGAUUAAAAUUUCUUACAUUUUUUUUUUUACACUUUUUAUUUUAAUAAGAACUGCUAAAUAACACUUAAAUAUAAUUUUAGUUGUUGAGCUUUCUCUCUUUAAAGAAGAAUUUGUUUUUUUUAUAAAUGUAAAAAUCUGAGCUAUUUUAAAUUGUAGGUUGGUACAGAAAUAAUGACACUGCCAACAAUAACAUGGAGACAAGGCUUUACCACUUUGUUGGAAAGUUAAUUCUGAUAUUUAGUUUUUUUUUUACUAACAAUUUUUUAAGCAAGCCACUAUUUUACACAAUAAUAUAUAGAUUGUUAUUACUGUUUCUUUAUUUUUAAAAUCUUUUCAGAAGUAUGGCAUUGAUGGAUGUACUAAGUAGGCUAUUGUACAUAAAGAAAGAUGCUUCUGACAUUUUUAGAGCCUUCUAUUGACUUUCUACUUUUCACUGAAUGACUCGAAGUGUGUCUGUGUUUUAUUAUAUUUUAAUUGCUGAUGUCAUUAAUUAUAUAUGUUUCCUACUAUAGGAUGUAACUUUAUGUUAGUCUUACUGUAUGAUGUAACUUCCGUAAGUCUUACUGUAUGAUGUAACUUCCGUAAGUCUUACUGUAUGAUGUAACUUACGCAAGUCUUACUGUAUGAUGUAACUUACGUAAGUCUUACUGUAUGAUGUAACUUAUGUAAGUCUAACUGUAUGAUGUAACUUACGUAAGUCUUACUGUAUGAUGUAACUUAUGAAAGUCUUAUUUUAUCAUGUAACUAAUGCCAUUGAUUGUACGUAUAUGCAUUCUUUUAUUUUGACAUAAUGUUUUAUGUACUGGUACUUGUAUCCCUGGUGUUGUUAGUAAAUUGAUGUUGUAUAUAAUUAGAAAAUUAUUAUUAAGGGUAUCAGAUAGUUCUUUGUAGAUAUCUAUUUUCAAUGAUUUCAUUAUCCAUUAUUUUUCUUUGUAUGAAAUCAUCUAUUCAACAGACACACACAUAUAUCUAUAUAUAUAUAUCUAAGUGAGAGGUAUAAGUUACCAGAGCAUGGUACUGAAGAAAGUGAUAUACUUAAACUGGAAGCUUCAAUGGAUGAUGCCACAUUAAAUUGACAUUCGAUGGAAGAUUUAGUUUCUGAGUUUCUCAAAACAGUCACAGAAUUGUUUGCUUCUCUGACCCCAAUGGAUGUUUGAUAUUUAACAGUAAGGCUAAUACCAUGGGACUAUUUGUAUAGAAUGAUAUUGUGUUGUUUCAUCUUAUUGUUUAUUAGGCAUUGUUUUCUAUUUUUCAUUUCAUGUUUUUUUCUUCUUUAAAUUAGGAACAUAAAAAACAUGGAACACUUUUGUGGUGGAUUUUUAAUUCGUUUCUUUUAUGUUCACAAUUUUUUUUUAAAUGUUAAUUUUUAUUUCGGUGUCACUGUUACUUUGGUUUCUAUUUCAUCAUUCAACAAUAUUAUUAUUUUGUUCAGUUAAAAAAAACAACAAUGCCAGCUACAUGUAGAUGUUUCUUGACUUCUGAAUUUCAAGUCUACCAUGAACAUUUUGUUACUGAACAUAGUGAAGGUGAAAGUCAUUGACUCAUGCUUUAGUUCAAGUGUUUCUGUUGACAUUGUAAUCUCACAUCUCCUUUAACCCCCCUUUUUUUGUUCUUUUUUUUUUACAAUGAGCAACUUAUACAAUAAAAUUGAGUGUUGCUGGUUUAUUGUUGUGGCCAUGUAUUAUAACAAACUGUGUUUGUUUUUAUGUCUGCUUAUAAAGGACUGUUGUAGAAUGUAAAGACACUACCUUAUGAGAGUCUGACCUAUGUACUCUUUGAAAAAAACAUUUGUUUGCCUAAAGACUUGUUUCAUAUAAAGCUAAUAGUUGCCAUGUUUCUUUGAAUUUUUUCUUGCAUAAUUAAUUUUCUUUACUACUUGUUUCCUUUUUUUUUUUCAUCUAUUUUUGUUAUUUAGCAGUUAAGCAAAAUCUGGGUUAAUGUUUUUUUUUUUUUAAAUGAUUAUUUUUUGUUUUGUAAAAUUGUUAUUGAUUGUAUAAAAACAAAACAAUGACUAUGAUUAAGAUAUAUGUAUAAUUAAACAAAUUUGUAUUAAAAAUGAUAACCUAUAUAUUUGCCUGAGUUAGUUACCUUUACAGAUGUUUUAUAAUGACUUUAACUGUGUUACUUUAAGAGCAAGUCUACAAAUUAAUCAUGACAUUACAACUAAUAAGAAAUGAAACUGUGUAUUACAAUGUUUGCUCUGUACUUCUUGUGAUUUUUGUCUUCAUUGCUUUCUUAGUGCUGCAGCUUGAUUGUAAUGUUUUUUUUUUUUUGUUUUUUUUUCAAAAUGUAUAAUUCAAAAAAACAAUAUUCUACAACAUUAUUUAGACUAUAAUGCUUUCUGAAUCAUCUGCCUUGUUCUGUAAUAUAUGUGAGAAAGUUAAAAUUAUUAUCUUUAUAUCAUGGUGCUUAUAAAAUAUUUUUUUUUUAAAGAAUAAAUAUAUAUCUUACUUCAAAGACGUAAUAUAUGUAUAUGUGAUAUUUAGUCUGAAAUACAUAUAUAUGUGUGUAUUAUGUGAGUAUGUGUGCAGACUUCACCGUAUCAUCUGUUCUUCAUCAAAUACUGAGGCUAUAAAGGAACAACCAUUUGGUGAUCCUAUUGACUUUUCAUUGUUAAGUAAUUCUAUUUUUUUUUCCUUUUUUAAAAAAAUAUUUUGUUUACUUACCAUUUUUCUUAUUGUGUGUAAAUAUGUAUAAAUACAAUCUGUUGUUACAAUGUCAGUGAAAUGGCCACAUUGCUUUGUGAAAGAUUUUAUUCUCAGACCCCUGUGCCUUGCCUUCUCUUUGUGUUUUUGAGGAGUUGAACUUUGUCAUGUCAUUAUGUCCACCGUUAUCUCAAAUAUCAUCUCUACUGGCUUAACUCCAAUGGGUUGCAUUUUCUACUGCAUUUUGAUAGGUUCUAACAAAGACCACUCCCACCCUCCCACCCAUUGUUUCAGGGGCAUUAAAAUUUGUCAAGAAAACAUUCUCUCCGACUAUGAUGUAGGUCUUGUAAACAGACUGAUAACCAACUUGCAUUGUCAGUUCUCCUUGUAUAUCUUAUCAUAGAUUCUCAUGUACUUGACAAAGUGAUCAUCAUAUGUUGAACACGUGUAUGUAUAUGACUGCAUUGCAUUAGUUUUUUGAUGCAUUCAGUUUAAAUGCCAACUCUUAUGCCCACAACUAUUGUGUUUGGUAAUUAUAUUUGUCUUUGAGCUGGUAUUUAGUUGUUUCAUUGUUUUUUCUUGUAACAGAAAUGACACGUUUUUUUUUCCUUCUAUCAAAAUAUAUUCAUAAACUUUGAUGUUUGGUUACUUAAAUAUUAAAAAACUGAUUCUAUUUUGUGUUGAGGAAAUAUAAGUACCCUUAUCAAUGCUACAUAAUACUACUUCUACUUCAUCUGUAUGUUAAUCGGUUUAAUGUUUUAAACCGUUGCGUGCAUGUUUGGAAAACUGCAGAGGUAUUUCUGAAGCACAAUCCAUGCUGUUUUUUUCUCUCCCCUGUUAGAGAUAUUAAUAAGGAAGGUUAUGUUUCAUUAAUAACUCUGCUCAAAUGUUGUUCUAGAUUUCUGAUAAUAUGUAACAGCUUCUUUUUGUUCUUCUUCCAAAGCUAGUUUCUUUUUCUCCAUUUGAUUUCUGAGUAUUUUGAACAUUUAUUUUUUUUUUUAGAAAAGGCCUUCUAAUUAUUGAACUGUAAAAGUGACUCCAGUUAAUUCUCCAAAACUAAGUUUGUUCCCAAUGUUGGAUCAAUCUUUAUUUUUUACAUUUUUGUUUUUCAUGUUUUUUGAUGUUUGGGGACAUAUUUUUUUAUCAUUUGAUGCAACGCAUAGUUUUUUUUUUUUUUUUUUUUUUGUUUAAAAGAUCUCAGUAUUUUGGGCUUUCUUUUUUUUUCAUAAUGUUUAUCUGAAAUGUAUACAGCUAUAGGAACAAAGAGAACAGCACAACUUCUACUAUUGCUAAACUUGUGUAUUUAUUUGAUUCAAAGUUGGCAUUAAGUCAAACAGAAUGCUAGAUAAGAUUUAAGAUGAUUAAAAUGAUUCCUGUAUUAGCUAGAGGUCAGGAGUCAGUGUUAAAGGUAUUUCUCGUAACAUUGCACAUUAUAAUAGAUAAACAACACAACAGAAAUAAGUUAUAGAUUCCAAUAUCAAAGUAUUUUUAAGUUUUUAAAAUGUACCAACAACCACUGUUAAUUACAGUCGAUCUAGUUAAUCAGACCAGCUUCUUAUUCUGACAGAAUUCUAAAGUUCUGCAACAAAUCCUAUACUACAUUCAAAUCCAGUUAAUAGGACCAAAACUAUAAUGUCCUUAUGUAGUCUGAUUAACCAGAUUUGACAAGGUAGAUAAGUCAAAAUGAGAAGCUUGUUGCUAGCUGAUUUAUGGUUACAUGGUUCAAAUAGUUCAAUCAAUCCAGAAGCUUAUUACUGAAUCUACUUCAUGCCUGUAUAUACCAUGUUCCUCUCUCUUUGAAGACAGAUGUGUUUUAAAAUUGCAUUUUUAUCUCCCUUGUUCUGAUACUACUUUCACAAGAGCACCCACCCUCAAUUUCAAGUUGUUUUUUAAAUAGAUGCUAAUAAAAAUAAUUUCUUAAGCAUUGGUUGUCCAGAUCACUCUUGACUUCCUUUUGUAACCAACUAGUCCCAAGAAAAUCUCCAAGAUGUUUCAUUGGAACAUGGUAUGAAGACUUAUCUGACAUUUUUGUUGUCAUUUACAUAGCUUCAGCAAGCAAUUUAUUGAAGGACUGUCAGUUUGUAUUCAAUAAGAGUAGAGUAUCACAAUUAUGGAAGUAGUCUGUAGAAUUUCCUGUAAGAAGUCUCCCACUGUUCUUUUCCGUAUUUAAAAAAAUCACUCACAGGUGUUCUCAAAUGGAUGUUCUGGGAUGUUCGUGUUGUUCCUAGUACCUGGAUUAUAUUGAACAGCUCUGUCUAGUGAUAACACUGAUGGUGAUAGCAGUGACCAGAACGAUAGUGCCAAUGGACUGUUGAUUCUGUAGGAUUUCAAUACAAGUUUCAUGUUGCUUAAAGGCAUUUCUUAUAUUCUCUUGGAUUGAGUUCAAACUGUUAACAAUAUCCAAUGGAAAGUUUCCCUUUCUGUUAUUUACUUUGUACAAGUCAAACAAUUCUGUUUCUAUUUGAUUUUCAUUUCUAUUUGAUCAUACUUCGUGUUUGGAUUCAGUGAGUGUUGAUCUUUUUGCAAUUUUUUUUUUCUCUUUUGUACUUCCAAAGUUUUAUUGAGAUCUUUUGAAGAGCUAUUGUAUCAUUUUAUUUUGUAAAUAUUGUUACAAAGUUUUAUUUCCUAUCAUGGACAGUUUAUUGUGUGUAUUUGUGUCUACAUCUGUAUCAAGUUUAAAAAAAAAACAAGAUAUUUGUUUCUCUAGAUCUAUAGUCCUAUAACUGGCGGUCUCUAUGUUGUGUCAUUAUUCUAUUAUAUAUAACUUUUUUUUUAUUCACAUGAUUUCACUAAACAAGAUCUAUUCUAAUGUUCUAUUUCAGUGGUUCUCCAUCAGCACCUGGGUUCACUCUCUCAAGACAUUAUGCAUUAACCAAAGAAAAAAGAAGUCCCCCCCCCCAGCCCCACAGCUUUUUUUCCCCAAACCACCAACCUCUUGCUAUGUUCCAAAAAGAAUUUUAAUCUGUAGUGGGGGGGGGGGGGUAACAGUUUUAUAUUUGAAUGUGGAAGGUACUUGUACUUUAAUGAUGUUCUUGGUAACAUUUGACCCCCAACUCUCAAGCUAGACCAUUUAAAAAUCAAACAAUGUACCAAAUAAUUGUUAGGUUUGUACUAGAACUACUUUUAAUGUUUACUUCAAACUUCAACAGUGUAAUUGCUGUACAUAGUGUAGCAUCUAUUUCAUCCAUUGAAUAAUACAUCAAUAAAACUGUAUUUUAGAUUGAU